UUGUUUCACUCCACUGACCUGACAUUUGAUUGUUCCACUCCACUGACCUGGCUAAUCCCCUGGCUCCCUCUCUGUCCAACCGGGAAGUGAAACCAUGGAGCCUGUCUAUCAGGCAGGUUCCAUUCUCAUGAAGGUCAAUACCUUGCAAGGGAAGAAGAUGGUGGAGAGUGGCCUCCAGUCCGGAGACUUCUCCCUACCCCAGUCCUGGCCUUCCUGCCUUCCACCACCGGCCAACCUGGAGAUCCUGCAGGAGAAGGUGGCUGGGGUGCAGCGGGAGCUGGAAGACUUCAAGAAGGAGGUGCUGAAGGCCAUCCACUUUCUGGAGGAUGCCUUCCACAAGAUGGACGGCGCCCUGGCACAGCAGGAAGAGCAGGCGGCCCGGGUGAAGCAGCGGCUGCGCGAGGAGGAGGACCGCGGCAUUGUACGCAACAAGGUCCUCACCUUCCUGCUGCCGCGCGAGAAGCAGCUCCGGGAGCAUUGCCAGCGCCUGGAGCACCUGCUGCUGAGCAGGAGCCGCCACGGCUUGGGCGUCGCCAAGAGGAACCAGGCAGAGUGAGCCGCUGGUGCUAUCCAGCUGGGCUGCGUGCAGAGAGCUUCUGAUGGGACUGACAGGCCCUGGGUCUCACCCACUGACUUCCCUCUCCCCGUUCUCCAUCGCUUCCCUUCCACAAAAAUAACACUUUGCUGAGAAGCGAAGAGAUCCCAAUAUGGUUAUUUGGUGAGGUUGCACUUCUUCAGCCUCAUCAAGGAGGGAGGCACCCUGUCCCAUCCCCUGCCAGACGUUUGUGACUUUCACCUUGAGCCGUUCUCCUGUUUGUAAUGGUAAUAUUGUUUGUAUGUGCAGCAUUUUAAAAAAUAUUCUUAAACAGA